CUUGGCUUAGGAAUCAUUUCAACUGCUAUUGAACUUUUCUUCAUCUUUAUUCAAGGUGUCUGAGAGUACUGAGCCCUACAGUGGCACCUCUGAGACUCUCCAUCAUGUCCCCCAAGUUACAGAGCAUUCUCCAAGCCCUGUACUUCUUUGGCAUCUUGACCUUACUGCUGUGCCCCUCUGGUCUGUGUGAUUGCGGUAGCCCUCCUAAUAUUGCCCAUGGAUCUCAUCACGAUGCAAGUUCAUUUUUUUCCUUUACAACUGUGGUGCUCUAUGAAUGUGAUGAAGGAUAUGUUCUGGUUGGAGACCCCAAAAUCACCUGCAGAAAUUCACAAUGGUCAUCUCCAGCCCCUAAAUGUAAAGCUCUGUGUCUGAAACCGGAGAUAGAAAAUGGAAAUCUGUCUGUGGAUAAGAAUCUGUACAUUGAACUUGAAAAUGUCACCAUCCAGUGUGAUACUGGCUAUGGUAUUGUCAACAAUCAAAGUAUCACCUGCUCAGAAAACAGAACCUGGUACCCAGAGGUGCCCACAUGUAAGUGGGAAGUCCAUAAUGGCUGUGAAGAAGUGGUAGAUGGAAGAAAACUCUUGCAGUGUCUCCCAAACCCAGAGGAUGUGAAAAUGGCCCUGGAAGUGUAUAAACUGUCUCUGGAGAUUAAGCGACUCAAACAGGAGUAAGACUUGAAAAGGAACAUCAGUUAGAGAUCAUUGCAUCCAUUUCCCCUCACUCAUUCCACACCCUAGUCCCCUGCCAAAUAAAGUAUUAAGUGCUUUUUUCUUACUAGCAACUCUAGUAAUUUCUUAAGUGCUAUUAUUUACUGAAAAAAUCACCUGUUUUAGGAGACUCUUAGUGGCACCAAUAAUAUGGAACUAUUGAUAAUUUAUCUUAGCUCAGAUUAAGCUUCUGCUUUUGUGGAUUUGGUGGAAUGGCAGAAAUAAAUAAUUACCUAUCAAAAA